AGCAUGAUUAGCUAUCAAACACAGAAUUGUGAAAGAAGCCUGACUCAUGAAAUAGUUGAAUGAUCCAAGAUCAACUACAAGCAAAAAAUAAAAUGUCAGCAGUUGUGAACGACUAUUGGGUUGAAGAUUUGGACCUGACGCGAGCGCGCAACGAUCAGAGGCAUCACAGUGCGAGUCUUGUAGUCAAGGACUUAGCACGUGACGAAGGAGGCAAGGGGCCGUUGCAGGUGGCGGAGUCAGGGGAAGUUGUUGUUAUGGCUGUAGAUACUUACUCUUAGUUGGAAGCAAUAAUAGGAACAACUACAGGUUUUUAUGGCUGUAGAUACUUACUUGUAUGCAAGGUCUCACUUACUUAUAUGACAAGGUCUCAACUCACUUACUUAUAAAUAUGCAGGAGUAUGUGACUGAUCUCGCGUAUAAGUAAGUUCAUCCCCCACCGGUCUUGCUGGACGCGAAGAUGGCAAUGAUUUUUCUAAUCUUCGCGUCCAGCAAGACCGGUGGGGGAUGAACACUAGUGCCGAAUUCGGAACAGGGACUCCAUCUUCUAGUGGGAAGAGGAAAGGCAAAUCGAAGUCAAUGAGUAAGGACACUGGGGGAAAGAUGAUGAAGGGUACUAGUGGAGGAAAGAGGAAAAGUCAGGGAGGUGGACAACAAGGCUUUUUCUUUAUGAUGCAGGAAGGUGACGAUGGACAAGGCGGAAAGAUGAGAAGUAGUAAGACUGUUAAGGGUAAGUACUACUAGGUUAAAGGCGUUCACGUUGCCGCUUGUUUUGCCGCUCUUAACGGAGAGAGGCAUAACAAACGGGGGAAGCGAACACCAAAAAGCUGCCUCUAAGACUGGCAAAAGGGCUUCUUCCGGUGAUAAAGGCAAGGCUGGCACGAGUAGUAGACCCUCCUCUUCUUCUCAGACGAAUAAAGGUGACAAGAAAGGUGCUGGCGCAGGGGGUCUAGGAGCUUCUUCUCGGACAAGUAAAUCUUCAAAAGGCAAGAAAGGCAAAGGCAAAGAUGGUGGUAAAGGCAAAGGCAAAGAUGGUAGCAGGGGAAGCUUUGCAGAGAACCUAGCUGAUGCGGCGGGAGAUGCACUGAUUGAUCUGGGUGGUCACGCCGUGACUCUAGGAGGUCAUGCGGCAAAUUUUGUAGGCAGAGUCUCAGAGGCUGUCGGUGAUUUCAUAGAGCGAGAUGGACACCCACACCAAAAAACUGUCUAUCCAGCACGUAAUUAUUUUUAUUGAUUUUUAGCUGUCUGGGACGAGCAAGGGCAUCAACAUCGUGUUUUUCUCCAUGAAGAAGUAACCAACCAAGAAGUCGAAGUAGAUGUCCUAUCAUGUUCAACACGCAUUAAAGGACUGCUACCAACAAACGGCAGGUCUCCCAGUGAGCGAGAUGAGUCGGAGCAUUGUGGCUGGGGAAAUAGUAGAAAAUGCAGACUUCCUAGAAGAGAGCAGUGACGAGGAGAAGAAUCGACGGCUUCUUCCAAGAGGCGAAGAAGAGCAUAUACAUGCGAAUUUUCAUCGACAUAAGGAGUGGGAUGAUACAGUGGGUGACAAAGUGAAGAGGAAAAGCAUACAGAUACAUUCGAUGCUUAUGAUGAAAUUGUUCAGUCUAGACGAAAACCUUAAUAUUAGAAACAAAUGGUGCUAACAAGUGACGCGACAGCAGACAAGAACUGUGGUUGCUCGAUCUUUCUAUAAAAAUCAUAACGAGGUUCUUCCCCCACCUAAAGACGACGCUUUAUAGAUUACACACUAAAUCACCUCGUCCUCUCUCCGUAGUGCUACAUCACAGUCACACCUACCAUCCACCUGACUUUAUCCUCAUUCUAAUAUCCCCGCAGACACUGUCGCAAUCUCAGUUCGAGAUGACCAGAUCAAGCCAGUUUCUUCGCUACAAGUGCCGCACUUUAUGGGCGAGCACAUGAUUCCUAGAGAGGAUAGGGACCAGCAAGUAUUGAGACUUCAGAAGCGUCUAGAAUCCUCACAAGCAGGCAUGGACCAGGCUGCUUUGGAAGCUGCGGAUGGCGCGGAUGAGGGUUUAUGAGAAAAUGUUGUUGAUUUGACUCUUUUGUAAGAGUAAGAGAACGUUGUUUUCUUACUUUGAUGGGGCUCUGGCUCUACUCGAGCCUUCUUCGUCCCGGACGGCGCGGCCGGCCCGCAGAGCCGCGGACCCUAAACCUUGAAACUUGAGCCCUUGUUUUGUUUUGGCGGUGCUCUGGAAGUGAAAGGUUCCUCGCCUCCACUCUGAAUGCGUCAUUUUCACCACCACUUUGAGAUAGAGAUUCACACUUCCUUCAAUGGACAAUCCAAAUGUCUGUACCUAGAUGGCAUGGAUUGCGUGGGAGAGGGUUUAAGAGAAAAUCAUCAUUAUGAGUUGACGCUUGUACUAUUUCACUUCGUUUAUCCUCGCGGUUGUAGAAGAAGGUCUUUCAAUUUCGUUGAAAUCGUUUAUCUGAAAGGUUCGUUUAAAUCGUUUAUCUGAAAGGUUCGUUUAAAUCGUUUAUCUGAAAACUUCACUCCCCUUCCAGUUCCAGUCUUCUAAUCCUGCGACAACAAAGCGUCCACGAAUUUGUAACGGGAGCGACGUCGUCUGAGGAGUCGCGAGUCCUCUGACGUGUCGCGAGUUCUCUGCCUGGAAAAUGGACAUGGGAAAUCGUUAGUGUCGUGCCAUUGACGGGGUCCAGAUUGUCCAUUGCCACAUAUUCUCUUGGGAUGCAUGAUUCUUGCCGAAAAAUAUUCCUAUCUGGGAAAUUACUUUUGUAUCAAAAUAUUCCUGAAAAUGUUUGAUUUGCGCCUGAAGAUGGAUUCCAAGAUUUGGCCGCAAAAGGCUAUUGUUCCAAGAAGCUGCUACUGGAUCUGACAGGCUGGGUCGCUGGAUCACACAUUUACUGAACUUCCAAAUCCUUCUCUAGAAAGACGUGUUCGCUGUCUUGAUUUCAAGGGCUCUCUUGUAGAGCAUCGAAAUUCCUUUCAAUAGGAGUGGGCAUCGAAAUUCCUUUCAAUAGGAGUAGUCCUAUUGUAGGCAUCGAAAUUCCUUUCAAUAGGAGUG